GAGAAAAAGAGAAUUUGAAAGGAAAAAAGACAAUUUUCUUCCAUUUUCUCAUUUCCCCAAAAACCAACUAAAACAAUCUCUUCAUCUUCAUCCCCACGCCCCUUCUCUCUCCUGCAACACACCGCCAUACUCAUUUUCUACACAAAACCCUUCAUCUUUCCUCCAUAAAGAUUCGUAUUUUAUUGCUUUCAACAAAGGGUUUGCAUGAUUGCAGCUGUCUUUCAGUUAUCAAGCACCCACUGAUUGCCACAAAAUCCCUAAUGUUUGAUCACUAUUGAAGGUUUGAUGAUCAAGAUUGGUUAAAUAAAGAUUACCCCUUUUUUAUGAUGAUGAUGAUGAUUAUGGUGAAUGGAUCAAAGAACUGAUCUUUAUGUUUGCGGUGAAGUUAUGAGCGACACAGGUCAAACAAGAUAUGUGAUUCAAGAUACGGGUCGUGAUAGCGACGGCGAUAUAAGCCAACUGCCGGAUUGUAUUCUUCAUCAUAUUCUCUCAUUUAUUCCCACCAAAGACGUUGUGAAAACCGCCAUACUUUCAAAAAAAUGGAACAACGUUUGGACUUCCGUUUUGAACCUAGAUUUUGACGACGCAUUGUUGUACGCUAACGAGGCAGACACUCGGGACCCACCUGACGAAACUUGCUUCAUAAACUUUGUAGAACGCGUUCUCUCGUUACGUGAUGCAUCAAACAUCAAGAACUUUCGUUUAUCAUGUCGCGUUUUCUUUAACGCCUCCUGCAUAAAUUCGUGGAUUUCUUCCGCUAUCAUGCAUAAUGUCCAGACGCUCGAUCUCUGUCUCUUUGUCGAUGAUUCGUUUGUGCUCCCGAGCUCCGUGUUUCGUAGUCAAACGUUGACCAGUUUGAAACUAGAAAUGAAUUGUGUUCUUGAAUUCCCGACUGUCAUCCAUCUCCCAUAUUUGAAAACCUUGCAUUUAUCUCUCGUUACAUUCGUGAACGACGGCUCAACACAAAAGCUUUUCUCAGGAUGCCCGGUUCUCGAAGAGUUGACUUUGGUUGACUGUGAGUGGUUGAACUUGAAGAGCAUCACAAUCACAAGUUCCACGUUAAAACGAUUAACGAUCGAUGACCUACCGUACUUUGGGCCACCUGACGGGCCUAAAGAUUGUAAGAUCAAGAUUCACACAUCAAAUCUCGUAUACUUGAAGUAUACCGGCUAUCCGUCAAACGAUAUCUUCGUGUGUGACGUAUCUUCUUUGGUUAAAGCGUACAUUAGCGUUCUGAUCCCGCAUGAAAAGCAGAAAGAAGUUGCUUCUCAUGUCGUUAAUCUGCUUAAAGGGUUGAGUAAAGUUGCGUUUUUGAAUGUAUCGGAUCAUACUAUCGAGUCUCUUGUAUUUGCAGGAAACAUGCUGGUUGAUCUUCCAGUUUUCAAGAACUUGACUCGUUUAGAUUUGACCAUGGAAAUUGGAGAGUCAACCAUUGAAGCGUUGAUGAAAUUUCUCAACUGCUGCCCAAAUCUACAGUGUUUAUAUUUCUCCGAGGGAUUCAAUCAUGAUGUAUGCUUUGUUGAUAACGAUUUGAUUCGUUCAUCACUACCUAAAUGCAUUUCAUCCUGCCUCAAAAUGUUGACGUUCAAGAACUUUGACGGGAAUGAUUCAGAAAUAUGUUUUCUCAAAUGCAUUUUGCGGCAUGCGUCUGUCCUCAAGAAGAUGAAUAUCUUGUGUUGUGAGAGUUUAUUUGGAGAUCCAAACAGGCUAAACGCGGUCAAGAAGGCGUUACAAACGGUUUCAAAAGGCUCUAAGUCCUCUGUUGUCAUGUUCUCAUGAAACCGUAAUUACGAUUUGGUCAGCUGGCUCUCUACGUUUUUGAAUAUGGCUGCAAUGGUUCCCGUUUUUGACUUUUUGGCGCAUCUUUCAACGGCUGUUGUGAUGAAGGUGUAUAGUUAGGAACAUAUUAUGGGUUGUUAGGGUUGUUCACAUAUACAGAUGAUAUGGGCUGCUCCUGUUUUUGGUUUGAUGUAGCCAAACAUACAUAGAAGCUAACAUUUUGUAGGAUUUUCUUGUGCUUCUAAACUAUACGAGAGCCUUUUCAAGUUCUUUAUAAGAUCUUAGGUGCCGUUUUUUCGAGUUUCGACA